AUGGCGAAGCGCGGCGCGUUGGCGGCUGGCGGCGGCGCUGGCGUGUCACGCGCCCGGGUGCGAGAGCUUCGCGGCUGCCGCGCCGCCGCUCCUGAAGCGCCGCCGGGCCGAGGCGGAGAGGAAGGAGGAGCCGCCAGGCGGAGGAGGAGGAGGAGGCGGCGGCCUGACGCGCAAGAGGGAGGAGGAGGAGGGGGAGGCGCGGGCCGCCAAGAGGCCCUGGGUGGCCCCGGGGGGCGGCGGCGUCGCUGGCGCCACGGCCCUCUCGCGGCCCCCGGGCUCCGCGUCGGCGAGGGGCGGCCGCCCCAAGGCUCCUCUCGAGGAGGUAAAGAGGCCGCGGGGGGGGGGAGGGGAGGGCUCCCUGAAUCCGCACAACAGCCCGGCCAGGAAGGCCCGGCGGAGGGGACCCGCGCAGGAUGCCGCCCUCGGAGCCUCACCCGGGGGUCCCGAACAUCUGGAGAGCCCCGCAUGCCUGGGGGGGGGGGCGGCGUCUGGGGCAGAACCAGGUUACAGCGCCCCCCCCCCCCAGUGAGGAAAGGGGUAAAUGCGGGGAAGGCUUCUGAAGUAAAUCCCUUAUUUCGCGAAGCUUAGCCCAAGCUUGGCAAAAGGGGCGCCCUGUCCGAAUGAGUCCAGCAGCAGAUGAUAUUCACGGGCAGGUGCCCCAUCCCCCGCCCCCCGUUUCACAUGUCAGAAAUGGGCCAUCGGGGUUUCUGCAGAAAGAGAGGAAACGGCGUGAGGGGGCCCUCUUGCCCCCCAAGUGCACCUGGCCUUGUCAUUAUAUACUUUUUAACAUACCUUUCUGUACGUGCCUUGGGGAGCAGAGGAUGCGAUCGGAAUAUUCCUCCCAUUUAAUGUAAAUGUAUUGCAUGUGGUUUAAUUGUAUUGAGCGGAAUGUAACCUGCCAUGGUACUAUGUGGUGAAAUGUGUAAAUAGAAAUUACGGGUUGACAUUUUGAUGCUGACAUCGCUGUAUAGACGCUGUGAAAAAUUUGCACCCCUGAGCAGCACUGAUCCCACAACAAACACCUACGAGUAGCCCAUAGGUAGAGCCAUGAAGGUGGCACUCUGUCAGCAACUGAUUCAGUUUCUCAAUCGACGUUAUAUUUGGAUAUCAUGGCUAGUUGGUAAACCUUUCAUAAAUUUACGUAAAUUUAAUGCUAUAUAUCAUAAUGGUUAUCAUCACCACAGUAAAUAUUAUUAAUGAAUUAUGCAUUUGUGAAAUACUUUACUUUGUUUCUCUAAUAUAUUGUUAAUCAGUUUCAUUAGCUGCUCUUGAGUUAUGCUACUAUUGCUAUUAUAACCUAAAGGAUAAUAUUUCCCUUUUGCACCAUUCAUUAUUUUAUAUAUCUCUAUUGGCUUCAUUAGCGUGUUACUUUAAACCACAGUUUAAAAUAAACUAUGGUGUAAAGUGAGCAAGCAGUGUGCAUGCUGCUAAAAUCAAGUGAAGUGGGUUUCUGGAAAAUUUUGAAUUUGCAUUAGAACAUUUUCUGAUGACCUAGAAGGUGAUAGAAUGUAGCAUGUUUAUCUUACUUUUAUUUAGUAAACAAAAUAUGUCUUGUAUGAUCUAGUUAUGAUUCCUACAUUCCUGCAUUUCAAGGGGUUGGACUAGAUGACCCCCGGGGUCUCUUCCAGCUCUAUAAUUCUAUGUUCCAUAUGAUUCCAUAUGAUUGAUCUCUUCAGUCAGUGGAAUUGGCCCUUUUACACAAAGGUCCUCAAAUGCAUGUUUGGAUUAAAAGAUCGAAAACUGUUGCCUUAAAGAAAUAAUCCUUGCUAUUUGAAUUUUUUAUACAUUUCUUCCCCUCAAAAUGUAAUAAUACAUACUGCAGCUUCUAGUAUCUGUAGGGAGGGGGAUGAUUCGCAUCUUCUCCCUUGUCUCAAACGUUCAGCUGAAGGUAGUGGUCUACAGUGGUACCUCGGGUUACAUAUGCUUCAGGUUACUGACUCCGCUAACCCAGAAAUAUUACUUCAGGAUAAGAACUUUGCUUCAGGAUGAGAACACAAAUCGUGCUCUGGUGGCGCGGCGGCAGCAGGAGGCCCCAUUAGCUAAAGUGGUGCUUCAGGUUAAGAACAGUUUCAGGUUAAGAACGGACCUCCAGAACGAAUUAAGUACUUAACCCGAGGUACCACUGUAUUUUGUUCAGCAUUUGCAGAACACAAAUCUUCCUGGUCUUCACUGGUCUUCCUUUUCCCUGUCAUUGGUGCCUUCCCACUUUUCUUUCUCAUUCCGAAUGCCUGGCAUGCAGAGAAUCAAAGUGAGCCGCUUCCUUCUUCCCUCAAGUCAAGUUCCAAGCUGGAGGAGGGUGACAUUUGUUUAUGCUUUUCACUGAAUCCUCAAGUUCCAUUGCCAGCUUCAUUUUUGGAGCUGGGGAGAGGAUAUGGGGAGUGUGCCCCACGUUGUGCAGACAUUUCUGCAGCACAGCAUAAGACCACCUUUUGGGGGGGAAGUCAUGAUCCUGCCAACCACAAAUUUUGGGUUGGCCACCAAAGCCAGCAAAACUGCAGAUCUUUGGCAGGCUAAGUACAAGACCGUGUUGUAAUUCCGAGUAAUUAUUUCCCAGGAUAUUAUUUUUUGUUCUCCAGCCAAUCCACCAGAGGGGGUGCAAGUUAAACUGUUUCUUAAAUCCAUUUUGCUUGAUGUGAGGGUAGGCUCUUUCUUUCCUUUAUUUCUUUCUCUCUGUGAUUGUUAGCAGGUAAUGCAGCUAGAUAGACUCAAAGAAAAAAAUGCAUGUGAGGGUGAGAACUGUGCAGAUAGAGAACAGUAGCUUAUUUUAGCAGCAAUAACUGUCACUAUGAGAACAACUAGUUCUAGGCCUAAUGGACAAAAUAAAAACUGAAAAAUCACUGGUUCUGGAUGGUAUCAAUCCCCAUGUUCCGAAAGAACUCAAAUGUAAAAUUGCUGAUCUGUUAACAAAAAUAUGUAAUUUGUCCCAAAAUUAGCCUCCAUACCUGAGGAGUGGAAAGUGGCCAAUGUUACACAAUUUUUUCAAAGAAGAAUAUGGGAGAUCCCGGAUAUUACAGGCCAGUUAGCUUAAUGCCUGUCCUGGGAAAACUGAUGGAAAAUACUGUUAAACAUAUAGUAACCAAACAUACAAAAGAACAGGUCUUGCUGAAGGAAAACAAGCAUGGCUUGUACAAGGUCAUGGACCGUCUCUCUAACCUGUUAAGAGUUUUUUAAGAGUAUGAAAAGCUUAUAGAUAAAGGUGAUCCAGUUGUCAUUGUGUACUUGAACUUUCAAAAAGCUUUCAACAAGAGUCCUGAUUAAGUUUUGCAGUCAUGGAAUAAGAGGUGAGGGACUCUUGAGGGUUAAGUGACAUGAAGAGUAGAAAUAAAUCGACAGUUCUACUAAUAGAGCGAUGAAGAAAUUGGAGUGUCUCCAAGGGUUGGUAUUGGGACCUGUGCUUUUUAAUUUGUAAAUGAUCUAGAGUUAGUUAUGAGCAGUGAGGUGGCCAGAUUUGCUGAUGAUAUUAAUUUGUUCAGGAUCGUUAAAACAAAAAGGAUUGUGAAGAGUUCCAAAAACACCUCUCCAUAUGAGUGGAUGGCUGUAAAAAGGCCAGUGCAGUUCAGUGUAAACAAGUGUAAGUGCAACCAAAAUGAUCAAGGGGCUGGAGCAACUUCCCCUAUAGGCUACUCACCUUUUCUCUAAACCAAACAGUCCCAAACGCUGCAUCCUUUCCUCAUAGUGGACAGACAAAACAAGUAUGUCACGCAGCACAUAAUUAAACUAUGGAACUCUCUCCCACAGGAGGCAUUGGUGACCACCAACUUAGAUGGCUUUGAAAAAGGAUUUUAAAAAUUCAUGGAAGAUAAGCCUAGCAAUGGCUCCUAGCCAUGAUGGCUUUGCUCUGCCUCCACAGUCAAAGGCAGUAUGCUUCUGAAUUACAGUUGCUGGAAACGGGGGGUCACGCUUGCAGGUUUCCCAGAGGCAUCUGAGAACGUGAUGCUGCACUAGCUGGGUCGUUGGCCUGAUCCAGCAGACCCUCCUUGUGUUCUUAGGAUAAAUGUUUGGCUGUGUGAUUCUCUCUCCUUUGCACAUGUUCUUUGCUUUAGAUCCUAGCUCUUAAUUUUCACUAGACUGUGGAAUUUUUCAAAAAUAGGGAUUCUAAAACUGUUUGUAGAUUUGGCUUGUCAAUGUUCAUUUUUCUGCUGCAGUGAUAUCUGUUAAUUACGCUUUAUUUUCCUAGCCUGA